AUGCUCUUGGCAUAUUGGGAGAAGUUCGAAGUUGCUCACGAGAAGCUCAUAGCAAGUAGUGCUAAAGUGGAAGCAUCAGGGUUUCCCAGACGACUAGCACGUGUCUCCAAUGCCGAGAGAGGCAUCACACCCUGCUGCACCUGGAUCGUUCUCAUCGGCCAGCUCAACGUGGUUCUGCGUCUCAGCAACCUGCUUCCAGAGGCUCAGAGAGCCAACAAACUGCCUCUUGGUGCUCCGCACUUUGGAGGAAAGGGGGAAGCCACAGUGAAGUCGGUGAAGUUUCACCUUAAGCGAAAGAUCGCCGACACUCUUUUGACCUUCGAGGAACUCACCACUUUGCUCGCGCAGAUUGAAGCAGUGCUUAAUUCUCGACCACUUGAGCCUCUUUCAGAAGGUGCCGAUGACGUUAGUGCACUCACUCCAGGACAUGUCUUGAUUGGUCAGGCGUUGACAGCGCUACCUGAGCCUUCUCUGGACGACUUGAACAUCGCUCGUUUGUCUCGCUGGCAACUCGUUCAGCAGAAGGUCGAGUGCUUUUGGAAACGGUGGUCCACUAGCUAUCUUCAGCAUCUAUAG